CUCGCGCACCAGGAGAAUCAGUCUACGCAGCGAAGGCGAGUGCGACGGAGGCGUCGGGACGCCGGCGCAGUCGGCUCGAUCGAUUCCAUGUUUCGGCGUGUGCUUGGAGAUUGCAAUUGGUGGCAAGAGGCACCAGCGAGUCUGACAGAGACGAACGGCAGCUCUGGCUCGCUAGGGUGAACAGAAGUAGCAGCGUAGUCCCGCGAGCGAACGAAAGAGAGAGGAAAUCAGUGGAUAACGGUGGAGGGGGAGCGAGUCGAAGAGAGUCGGGUUAUCGGUGCGCGCGUGUGUCUUCCGUCGACGACGCGUACGACGGGAACGUGCGGCAAGACCUGCGGAUCAUCGGCAAGCUGACGGAUCCAAGGGGAAGGUUUGUUUCGAGCCUUCAAAAUCAGCCUCGCCCCGAGCCCCUCGGUUAAAAAUAUUCACGCAACACGUACCGGCGAAGAAUGACGACGUUGCGGAUUUAGAAGAGGGAAACGUGCUGCUCCUCGGGACCCAGACCCGAACCGACACUGAACUUAUCCAGAGCCCGAUACUGACCCCAUGGAUGGACACCGGUGCGACGAUGAGAACGCGCUCGAAAGAGGAGUCGGUAUUGCGAACUGCAACAAGGGCUCAUCGAGGCGGGGCGUGGCAACAUCUUUCGGCUUUCGACGGAGACAGGCCAGCGGGAUUCCCAUGGCGAUAGCGAGUUAUUCGUCGGAGGCUGGUUUAGUUCAUCCGCGCUCAAAAUCGGCUGGUCCUGAACAAAAUCGUAGACGCGACGAGGACAACGCGGCUGUUCGCAAUUUGUCUUCGGGCAGAUCAACGCCUAGGCUCGCUCCGCCAAAGAAAGACGCAACCGGGAUCGCAGUGAGGACGAACCGAUUCGGAUAUAAGCAGCCGCAAGUGAAAUUCACGAACAAAGUCGGGGAUGUUUGCAACAGCCACACGGUCAGUCACUACAACCAAGAAACUCUGCAACAACAGCAACACCACCAGCAGGAGAGUAUCCCUAAACAAACGCAAAGAGUAGCUCCAGUAGUCUGCAGCUCUUUGCCGGCAUCGAAGAUCAGGUCGCCGGCACGCACCGUGACCAUCUGCAACAACGUUACUACCACCUCCCAUGUGGACGGGAAUCGAAGACCAUCAGGUAUUCCCGAACCGAUCGGCAAAUACACUUUGCAUACCAGUCACCUGCCGUUGCCUCAGUACGCGGUCAGGAUGACCAGCGUCAACAACCAAAAGACCGCCAAAACUGCGGCCAAUCAGAACAGAAAGGUUUCCGCCGCGUCGAAAAGCUCAACGAGUUCGAAGGAAGGAUCCAGUACCGAAGAUUCCGGUGUUGGUAGUCAGCAAGGUUGCACAAUGGUAGACGAUUCCUCCCGAGGCUACGAUUACACGGCCGACUCUCCGAGCAGGAGACGAGGAAUAGGCAGACCUAGGAAUCUGAGAAUGGUGGUGAACGGGAAGAGUUUCGACGUGAGAGACGUCAGAGACGAGGACAGCACGGUGACCGAAAUAUCCGUGAUACCACUACCGAAGACAUUCACGGCAGCCAACACUGGACUUGUCCGGGAAAGAACCACGCAGUACCAACGGAUCGUGAACAAAGAUAACAGACACACCGAAUCAAUCACCUCCAUGUCCACCACCUCGUCCGAAGGAUACGAUGAAGGUUUGGGCGAGGAGAAGGUAUACAAAGACAGGUCUCGCACGGAAAAAAUCCCCUCGAUCAAGUCAGACUUCAGUCCACCUAGUUCGGACGACCCUGAAUACGGACAUGGAGAAGCUAUGGCCGAUGAGUACUCGUUGAGUUCCAGCGACGAGUGCCAACGUUCUCCUUCCGUCAUAACUCAUCACAUGCAACCUACCACGAACACAGGCAAAAACGGAACACUACCGAGAACUUCUCUACGAUCGGUGUUGCUCACCAUUGAGGACCCGGCGUUCGCCGCUGCUGCAGCUACCUCUACCUCGCUAAUAGACGACGAGACUUCUCCAGUUGACAGUCUUUUCGACAGCCUCAUAGCCAGUAUUACUCUAUCGGACGUCACAGUCCAGAAGGAGGAGAAACUUAUGGAACAGUCUGGAAACACCUUGGACGACGAUAGUCCCGGAACGCCUACCAAUGCCUCGAAUUCGUUGAGUUUGUCGGAAGGUAGAGAAUUCUUCGAUGACGAAAUCGCCGAUCAACCUGGGCUUAUUUUCAAUGAGAAUUCGAGGGUCGCUGCCGACGCGCAAUCGAUCGUUGCUAGCCAGCUCGCCACCGAAAACAGUCAUACAUUAGUCGAAUCCAGUCCUAAAGCUGGUGGAUACAGCAAGAACGCCACGAAUAGCCCGCAUCAUGGCAAACGAAUUAGUCGAGCCGGCAGUGUCGAUACUCUGUCUCCUUGUGAAUCUAUUGCAUCCGAUGAUUUGAUAUUGGAUUACGAACAGAGCGACGCGAGUUCCUUCGAUGAGCAGCAUCGGAUGGAACCAACCACCGCAUUACAGGAUAUGGAUGACGCCACUAUUCUGUCCGAAUUGGAAGCACAAGGUGAACAUGUGAUGAGGCGAUGGAGCUCUCUGUUGGGUGCAUGUCAAACGCUGCAGCAAACUAAUAAUACGAACACGAUUAAUAACAAUGUGAACGGUGAAUCGGCCAAUAACAAUAAUCAAACAGCCAACGAAAUGGGAAAUGAUAACGACAAAAUGACCAAAGUAUGGCGGAGUAGGUCUGUGACUGAUUCGCCACGUUUCGCAGACAAUUUACGAAACCGACAGUUUUCGAGUCCUUUAAGAACAUCAAGAAAUGUUCAGUCCCCAAGUAUCGACAGAAUACAUGAGCUGGAUAUUCGAAUCGACAGAGACUCAUAUACAGAUAUGUUUCAAGAUAUUGUUUCUAUAAAAACAACACUCCUGAAACUGAAGCAAUUACUUCAAGGGUCAGAAGAGAACGGGUUGACGAGGACUGAAACUCUCACCCCAUUCGAUAAUACUGUAAAGAAUGGCCUCUUCUAUAACCUGAAUGAAGGAAGCACUGUAGAUGCUAAUACUUCACCAGGAAGCGAAGAUAGCAGCAUUGUUGAUGAAUUGGCUGAUUUACGCAGACAAGUAAUCUUUUUGCAAGGCCAAGUAGAGGACAAAGACCGAACUAUACAAGUGUUACAGUUUCAAAUGUCGAAGCUUCAAGGACCUAACAACAUUGAAAGGCAAAAUUGUGCUUUAAAUAAUAGUCGUAACACUAUUCUAUCUAUGGACACUUGCAAUGCUGCGACACAAACAGACAAGACACGCCCAGGAUCAGCGGGUACUUCACUCCUACAAACACUACCUAGGGACGGUGUUAUGGGGCCUGUAGUUAGCUGGAGUGACUCCUGGGAUCGACAACGUCCGGCGUUACUCGCUGAACAGAGUGCCAGAAGUCUUUGUAACACAAAUGAGGUACAAGAUAGACUGGACCCUUUCAAAACUACUCGAACAUCCUGUAACAAAGCAAGAGUAGGGAUUGGGACCGCCACCUGAACAGAAAGAAAAACCCGGGUCAGAAAUAUGUGGUUACAGCAAUUUAGAAUAUCAUGUAACUAAGGUCCGGUCAUUGUGAGUUGGUGCGUGGAUUUGCCCUCGUGGUUUACUCGUCGAGGAAUCUUGUCCAUCAGUUGGCAAAAACGAAUGUAAUUGAAUAUUUAUACGAACCACUUCCAUGACAACAUGAAGUCAAGAAUGUCGUAUAAUAUAUCAUGUAUAUAUAACUAACACCGAAGGAAGGAAAGUGCGCAGAAGGCAUUUUCCGGUAAUGUACAGACCAACGCUUACGUGCGCUGGGCUUUUGGGUAUAAGGAGAAUCGUCCGUAGCCCUGACAAGAAAGGGAUUUCAUUGUUCGACUUCGAUUUGAACGGAUUUUUAUUACGUAAUAUUAUACAGGUUCCUAAUAAUAUAAAUGUAAAGUAUUGAGUAUAAUUACUCGAUAUUCUAAAUGUAUUUAAACAAAAGUUCUCUGUUCACUUCCUUGUUUACUGUAUAUAUGCUCAGCGACAAAAAGAUAGCAUAAUGUAUGGAUAGGAUGUUUUUAACUUUUAAUACUAUAAAGUGGAUUAUUUUUGAUAUUUACAGUAUUUAAUAAGAAUAAUAAAUGGUUUUAAUGUAUUUAAACACAUUUAUUACAAGCAAAAUAUUUAUUUUGUAAUAUGUACUGAAAAGUGAAGAAUCAGAACGUCAAAAAGAUAACAGAUUCUUCUUAAACUACUUAAUAAGUAAAGAAAAAUAUUAUUUCAAUAUUUUGAGUUAAAUAAUGUUAAAUAAUUUUUUAAUACAUUUUUUGCUGAGUGAUGUCCAGUUUCACUCCAUACAACGAUUUAAUAUUUUCGCAAUUUUACUAAUAGAACAAUUUUCUUUAUACAAAUUCUGAAUUACUGCUGUUUCACAAUCACUCAAUCUUUUACCAUGUAUAUACAUAGGCCAUGGUAUAAUGAACUAUAUAAUUUUACAAGAUAUCGCUUUUGAAAUACGCACAGUAUUAAAUACUUGCUAGUAUAAACAGUUUUACGAUUUUGUACCAACUGAAGAAAUAGGAAAACUUUGAAGAUGUGCUAUAGUAUAAGUACCUCCUUUACUAUUCAAUUGAGUUUACAAAAAUUAACAAAAUUACACAAUCUUCUUGUCGUGGAGUAUAUGAUAAUUGUAAUCCAUCAUUGUGUACAUUGUGGCCAUGAUGAAACUGUACAAUAGAAAACUUAUUUCAGUAAAUAAGAGUCGAUCUCAAUCCAUCUCUUUUAAUUACGCAGUCAUUUUACUUUAUUACUGCAAUCUCUACAACUUUGAAUUACUUUAUCUAUACGCUGCAAAGAGUAAAUAUAUCAUUUGAGACCUGUAUACUAUGAUCUCACAAAAACCCAUUGAAAUUGAAAUCAGACACUUGAGGUCUUUUAGUGAAUAGGGGUAUCCUCGCCAAACUCCUUACCUCCACAGCCCAUUUACCAACUCUUAACGACCGGACUUUAAGGUCUUCAAAAUGGUUGCAAAGCGUGAAUUAAUCUGCUCGGUAGCAGUUUAUAAAUAAAAAAAAAAGUAACAAUAUUUCACAGAGUUAGUAAUCUUAACACUAGUUGAAUACAGUUUUUAAUAUAUGUCAGGCUUCAGCUGUUUUGCCCGCACAAUCAGAUCAUAGAGUAUUUUACAGAUGUGAAACUUCCUACAGCCUUCGAAUUAGAGAUUGUACAAAUGUAUCUAAGACAUUUGAGAAAAUGAAAAGUGUGGCAAUAUUCAACUUACUAUAACAUACUGUACAUACAUAUUUUUUGCUAGUAAUUUCUUAUGAAGUGAUAGUGUAAUUAAAAAUUAUGUUAUAGGGUAUAAAUAAGAAAACUGUACUUAAAAGAUGUGUAUACUUUCACUUGACUUAAACAAAUUACUUUUAUUAAGUUAUACAUGUAUGUAUAUAUUAUGUUACAUACCUAUAUAAUAAUUGAAUAUUGCCAUAUAUUAUCCUAGAAUUAUCUUAAUAGGUAUAUACACAUUAAACAUAAAACUACAUACAAAUAUUACAUUAUUUUUAUACCACAGAGAGUACGGGUUGCCAAAAAGCAUCAGUGACAUUUAAAAUCAUGAUAUGAGUAGUUCCUAUUUCAUUUUACCUAUAUCAUAUUUUACUUUUAUUUAAAGUUAAAAUAUUAAGUACAAAAAUUCAUAAAAUUUAAUAUGAAAUGAUCACCUCUGUAAAGUACUAUGUGACAACACAUAAUCACUAAAACCACACUAUGUUCCUCUUAAUGAAAUGCUUUGUAUAGAAUUGUUCAAGUAGAGAUUUUGCGAGACAGGCAGUAACUUAUGCUAAGAGUCAGAAUUAUAAAAAACUGUAAACGACAGCAUCAUAUGAAUAAGAUUUGCAGCAAGAGGAAUUGUUUCUUUUAAUGUAUGGCUUUACUAUUGUGUGAUUCAUUGCGCUUAGCUUGCUGAAAUUGGCUCAAUACAAGCAAUAGCUUGGGAUAAUUAAAAGUAACGAAACACAUUUGAGAAAAGUUUACAUUUAUGGUCAAUUUCAGUCUUUGGAAGCAUUCAAUUGAAGCACUCUCAGCUCCAUGUAAGUACUAGAUACUUCAUUUACCAGAUACUUUGAAUUUUAUAAAAAUUCAUUAACUCGUCAACGUGGCAAGUUAACAACAAUUAUGAAAAUUUUAUAACCAUAGUUACUAAAAGUCAAUUUUAUUCAAAGGCAUUUCAGUAUAUUUUAAACCUAAUUCACAUUUACUUCACAAAGAUAUGUAUCUAACUAAGGUUAGAGUUACUAACUCUGUAUACAAGGCUCCAAAAUCCGAAUCUACCUUUUCUUUAAUUAAAUACUUGAAAUGCGUCCAGUCAUGUGACUGUUAAACUUCAAAGCACAUCCUAAAGUUCGGAAGAAUUGAAACCACAUAAAUACAUUAAUUUGAACAAAAAAAUUGCAAUUUAAGAUCGAACCAUUGUUACAUAGGCAGUAAGAAAUAUGUACUCUCUUGUGUUUUAUAUUAAAGAUCGAGGUUCCAGAAUUCAACAUGAAUAAACACAAGUAUACUUUAAUAUACAUAUUUUAUUGUUAAUUUUACAUUAACAUUACACUUACAUUUACAUUAGUAUAUUUUAUUGUCAAUAAAAAAAAAAUCAAUAUUCUAAUGUUCCAAAAGAAUAUACAAAUAAAAC